GUUUGCCAAGAAAACCCGAAGCACCUCCCUCAUUCUCUUUUCUCCAGUUCCGCGGGCCAAGCACACCGCAGGCGGUCCUGUCCUCAUUCUUGUGGUCUCCCGCUCGGUUUCUUUCCUUCCGUUAAGCUUGGUAUUUCUUCCCCCUCUUCUUGUUUAUUUCUCUCAUAAUUUGUGCUGGUGUUGCUGCUGUGCUGUUUAUAUUUUAUACUUCCUCCUCCAUAUUAUUAGCCCUCCCUUGUGAACGCAUCUUUUUUUUUUUUCUCUCUCUCUCUCUUUAGAGUUCCUGUGUGUUGCUGCCAACUGCACUGACCAAAACCCCCUUUCCCUCAAUUUUCUUUCUUGCGCAACUGCGCCCUCCGGAGAGUGAGAGGGGCGCGUUGUCAACAUGAUUCGGUUUAGAAGAUACCGGGUUUUCGUGGUCGGCGCCCUCAUCCUGCUCGUCCUCCUCUUUCGCGUGGCGCAAAACUCACAAUGGGAGCUAGAGGCCGCCACUGCGGCCGUGUACGACAGUGUGCACAAGGGGACAAAGGCUUCGACACCGACAUACGACAAGCCAUUGGCACCCGUGAAAGACGCAGGCGCGCCUCCGUCCUCUCACGACCAGCCGCCCAUUGCGCGCAAGCAGAAUGCGGCCAAGGCCCAUGACGACCAGGGUGCGGCUGCUGCGUCGCGCCAGGGAAAGAUCGACAUCCCGCAGCUCAAGGGCGAUGCGAACAGGCCUAAGACCCCUGAUGCCAUGCGACCGGCCGCUGGCGGCGCUGAUAACUCUAAGGACACUGACGAUCCUUCUACCAAGCCUGUCGCCAUCAACAUACCCGACAGGGACCCAGACCAGCGACCCCUCGCCCACGACAGGUAUCCGCCGGCAAAGAAGCAGAGCGGCACAUCUGCCACUACCACUACGAGCAAAUUGCACUGGGCGAAGAAGGAGCAGGAGGAUUACCCCAUCCACGACGACCAAGUCAUCCCGCUGCCCACUGGCAAGCCCAAGGCGAUUCCCACGAUUCAGCACAAAUUCGGCAAGGAAUCGGCCGCCGCCAAGGAGAAGCGCGAGGCUCGCUUGGCGCAGGUCAAGAAAGAGGCCAAGCGCGCCUGGGAUAGUUACAAGAAGUACGCCUGGGGUCAUGAUGAAGUUGAGCCGAUCUCGCUCAUACCCCGCGACCCCUUCUGUGGCUGGGCCGCCACCCUGGUUGACAGCUUGGAUACGUUGUGGAUAAUGGGCCUGAAGGAUGAGUUCGAGGACGCAUACAAGGCACUGGACGACAUUGACUUUACCACGACGGAACGCUCCGACAUACCCGUGUUCGAGACCAUCAUUCGAUACAUGGGAGGCCUGCUGGCGGCCUACGACAUGACUGGCGGCAAGGAAGGCAAGUACCACAAGCUACUCACCAAGGUCGAGGAGCUAGCCGAGGUCCUGAUGAGCGUUUUCGACACGCCAAACAGGAUGCCGAUUCUGUACUACCGGUGGCAGCCCCAGUACGCCAAACAGCGGCUGCAGGCCUCGACCAUGGUCAGCGUUGCCGAGCUCGGCUCCAUGUCAAUGGAAUUUACUCGCCUCGCACAGUUGACGGGCAAAAACCGCUACUAUGACGCCAUCGCGCGCAUCACGGACGCCUUUGACGAGUGGCAGCAGCGUGGAACCGCCCUGGACGGCAUAUUCCCUCAGCAGAUUGAUGCCUCGGGAUGCAACCGCACUGUGGAACCCAUCACGUCCAGCGCUUCGGAUGCCAGCCGUAAGCAGGCCGAGCUGGGUUCCCCGGCUAUAGGACCACCCGAGGCACCUAGCGGAAAGGCACCGGGGGAGGAGAGCGAACUGCGCAGGCUGAGUGCACGGGCGGUUACUAGUGGCCGUCCCGGCGCGGCUUCUAGUGCUUCUGGCUCGGCCACUUCUGAUGAAAUUCCUAGCAUUCCCAAGCCGAGGGCGAAUACCUAUAAUCGGGAUUCGAGAGCCAACCAAGUUCGAGGCACUCCGUCUCCAGAUGGCUGUCGUCCUCAGGGCUUGGUAGAGAGCUCUUCCGGUUGGGGUCAGUACAGCAUGGGAAGCAGUCAAGACUCGGCCUACGAGUACUUCCCCAAGCAGUACAUUCUCCUUGGCGGACUGGUGGAUCAGUACAAGAAACUGCACGAGAAUGCUGUGGCCGCCAUCAAGAAGCACCUGCUCUACCGCCCAAUGAUCAAGCAGGAGGACCGGACACUGUUGUUCUCUGCGGCCGUGAGUGCCCGGGGCUACGGCAAGGACAUGUCGCUCACGUACCAGUACGAGGUUACGCACCUGACCUGCUUCCUGGGUGGCAUGUUCGCGAUGGGCGGCAAGAUCUUCCAGUCGGAGGAGGACGUGGCCAUUGGGGCCCAGCUCGCCGACGGCUGCGUCUGGGCGUACGAGUCGACUGGCUCGGGCAUCAUGCCGGAGAAUUCUCACGUUGUUCCGUGCCAGAGCAUCGAGAGCUGCCCCUGGAACGAGACGCUAUGGCAUGAGCACCUGGACCCGAACUUGGAUUGGCGCAACGCCCAGGUCGCCGAUUACAAGGUAAAGAAGAAGGAGUGGGACCAGAUGGUCGCCAAUGUCGAGAAGAAGAGCAAGGACAAGGCCGACGCCGACUGGGAGGCCAAGAAGGCCCGUGUUGCAGGCAAGGCACCAUCUACUCAGGGCUCAAAGAUGGGCAAGUCAGACGUGGGUGGCGGAUCCAAGAUGCCGUCGCCAGGAUUCAGCGUUCUUGACGGAGCUGGACCUGGCGUCAAGCCCGGCGCAAAAAGCUCUGCUGAUGAUACUGAGCGGGUCAUCCCAGCCAAGGACUCGAAAACGUACAACACCAGGUCAAGAGGUAGUGCCGGACAUGGUGAAAUGGAAGGCUACAACAGAAAGCGUUCAGUUGACACGGAAACGGGCAGCUGGAGUGCCAGCAAGGCAAACGCGCGUAGCCUGUCCAAAGCAAAAGUGGCCGAUCCCGCCAUGAUCGGCGCCGAUGAAGCGGUCGGUGGCGUGAGGGGAAGCAUCAGCUUGUCCGAGGCUCUGUCGCCCCGGGCGCCGAAUUACAACCCACUCUGGGACCUGCCCCCGGAGCCGACCAAGCCGCAGUCCCACAAGGAAUUUGUGGAGGAGAAGAUCGAGGGGGAGAGGAUACCGCCUGGAUUUGUUGACAUUAUGGACAAGCGGUAUAUUCUUCGACCCGAAGCCAUCGAGUCAGUGUGGUACAUGUACCGCAUAACGGGCGACCCCAUCUGGCAGGAAAAGGGCUGGCGGAUGUGGGAGGCAGUCGUGGCCGCCACGCGGACGAAAGAGGGCCACAGCGCCGUCGAGGACGUGACGCUCCCUUCGCCCGGCUGGACCAACAAUAUGGAGAGUUUCUGGAUCGCCGAGACACUCAAGUACUUUUACCUGCUCUACACCACCCCCGACGUCGUGAGCCUCGACGACUGGGUCCUCAACACCGAGGCACACCCCUUCAGGAGGCCGGAUGCCUCCUCAUGAUAUUAGAACUAGUUUUUUUUGGGUUUCUUAAAUAGCGAUUGGGUGUGAGACGGACAGAAUGACGUGGUGAUAGAAAGAAAGCAUUGCGUCGAUGUACUGCUUUUUGAAUAGUUGGAAAUUGGGUUUGGCUUCACUGGGGUUGUUUUUAUAUUCGGGCAUGUUUGCCCUUUUGGGUGUUAUUGUUGCAUCGUGGCGUUUUGAUAUCUUUUUAUCGAUCCCGGGAAAGCAAGGGAGGGACAAACGCCCCCUCGAGCGUUCUUUUAUAUUUGUAUAUACAAAAAAAUCCCACUGGUGGUCACCAGGAGGUCGUAUGCAGCCCCUGGACGUAUAUGAAUUACAUUCUUAGUAUACUGAACAUAGGAGACUCAACAGCGGCUGUCGUG